AUGUCCUUCACCUUCAGUUGGCCGCGAUUCUCAGACCAGUUCCAUGCCGACGCUAUACAGAUGCUCACGGCGGCCCUCAACAAGGGCAACAAGCCUCCGGUCAUAGCAGAUAGGAUCGAGGUGGUUGAGCUGGAGAUGGGUACUCAACCGCCUGAACUGGAGAUCAGGGACAUUGGAGAACUCACCGUGGAUCAGUUCCGAGGAAUCUUCCGACUGUCGUACUCUGGUGAUGCCCAUAUUGUUCUGCGAACAAAGGUCCAGGCUAAUCCGCUGAACCACAAGCAGCCUGAUAUUCAUCUGCUAGGAGGGUCAAGAGGUAUGCUAGCUGCCAAGCAGCCACUUGUUGUCCCCAUGAACCUUCGCCUUUCGCACUUCAAACUCAACUCAUACGUCGUCCUGGUCGUUUCGCGACAAAAAGGUAUUACAUUGGUAUUCAAGACGGACCCUCUGCAGAACGUAGAUAUAAACAGCACGUUUGACUCCAUCGCCGUCAUCCAGAAGUUCAUCCAGCGGGAGAUUGAGGGCCAGCUGCGUCAGAUGUUUAGGGAGGAUCUGCCAGGCAUUAUCCACCGGCUCAGUCAACAGUGGGUCAAGGCGAAGGUUGAGGCACCCUACUUAUCGAAGCGGCCCACUGGC